UCUUCUACUACUGCUUCAUAAAGCUGCAAAAGCAGGAAAAUAAUAACAAAGCGUAACAAGCAGCAGCAUCGCCAGCCAUUUCCAUUUCCCUGCAUGUUACCCAGGUAACUCAGCAUAACCGAUCUCUUCCUCCCUCUCUCUCUCUCUCUCUCUCUCUCUCUCUGAUGGGGUAAUGGCAGCAUUUGAUCGAGAGUUUAUGGGAUUUUCUUUAUUUGUGAAUGGUGUUUUGAGUUUUCUGAAGGAAAGAGUAUAUUCAUUUGGUGUUGUAAUUUGCUUUUGUUUUCUUGUUUCGGUUGGGAAAUCUGUACAGGAUUUGCUGGUUGUUAAUUUGUUGCAUAAGCAUAAUGGGGUCUCCUAGUAAUUGAUGGUUGAACAUAGAAGAUUUUUUUUUUUGUUUGUUUGGUGAUUAAGUUAGCAUCUCCAUUUUAUCUAAAAGCUUUUGCAUGUAAUAAUGGCUACCUGAUUAUUCAUUAAUAGAUGAUUAUUGCAAAAUUUUGUCCUGCUGGAUUCUGUUGUUUUCCGUUGGUUUUGAUUUCAUCAGUAUAAAUUCUGUUCAAUAGCAGGAAAUUGAAAGAGGGCUGAUUUCGUGAAACACUGCCAUGUUUUUGCUUUCUCUAUAGGGGCCGAACAAUGAACACAUCAGGACACAUAGUGAUACUCUUUUAUUGUAAUAAUUUUAAUGGGUAUAAUAAAUCUAAAUAGCUUGAGUUUAAUAUUUAUUGUUCUCCCUCUGCUCAAGUUUUGAAGAACCUCAGUGGAUUUCAUGCUACUUUCAAUUGCUAAAUAGAAGAGUCUAUGCUAUGUGAUGUGUCGAAUGAAAUAAAUAUUAACCUUUUAGAAACUUUCUAAAAUGUGCAGGGAUAUGAUAUUUACUAUUAGAAUUCAAUAUCCAGUGAUUUUCCAAUGGGUCAAGAAUUUCGAUUUCGGUUUCCAAUGGAAACCCAGAGAUUGUUAUGCCUUGUGGUAAUGAUGUUUGUUUUGAUCAUAACAUUCCAACAUUUAGAGCUACCAUCUGGCAAUAUUUUUUCAUUUAUUUCAUCAGUUCAUACAGAUCAAGUGGAAGAAAAUGGGAAUUUGUUUACUGAUGAUGUGUUAUCAAAAUCUGAGACAGUAAGUAACAUGACUCAGUUAAAUGGUUUCAACUCCACUGACACUGAUCAUGCUGAUGAGAGAGCUGAGACUUAUGGCAAAGAGAAAGACACAGAUGUAAACAAUGGCCUUGUAUCAGAAGCAAGUGCAGUCUCUAAGAAUUCUUUUGGGACAGACAACCAUAAUAAGGAGUCUUCACUUCAACAAACUCAACAGAUAUUUUCUCAGGAAAAUCUCAGUUACCCACUGGAGAACAACACAAGCUCAGAUGUAGACAAUCAUGAUAAAGUGCCUUCUUUUGAACAGCUAGGACAGCCAAAUGUACAUUCUACAGUUGAUAAUGUCAGCAAUUCAGGUUUUAACUCUGGAUCAGAUGUAAGGGAACAGAGUAUUUUGAAAGAAAAUUCCAGUUUCUCAUGUGAAAAUACUGGAACCUCAAAUUCGAGUAUUGAAUCCAUUGUGCCAAUCUUACCACCAGCAGAUUCAACACCUAACGUAACGUUCCCAAGAAAUGUAGAGCCUAAUGUUGUACCUUAUGUUGCCCGUGUUGAUCAUAAUGCAUCAGCUUUGGAUAAAGAUGUAAAGUCCAAUAUGGUCAAUCAUGGAAAAUCAGGCAAACUGCAAAAUAACAUUGCAGCAUUUCAUGAUAAUUCUUCAAUGACCACCAUUACUAAGGAGAAGAAGAAGCCUGAAAUGCAAGCAUCAGGGGUGAUGUCGGUUUCUGAGAUGAACAGCUUAUUGCUACAGAGUUGGUCUUCUCCUAAGUUUAUGAGACCACAAUGGGCUUCAGCAGUUGACCAAGAGCUACUCCUUGCAAAAUCACAGAUAGAGAAUGCUCCCAUUGUAGAAAAUGAUCAGAUACUUUAUUCUCCUCUUUAUUGGAAUAUAUCCAUGUUCAAAAGGAGCUACGAAUUAAUGGAAGAAAUGCUGAGAGUAUACAUUUACAAGGAAGGAGAAAAGCCCAUAAUGCAUCAGCCAGGACUCAAGGGGAUAUAUGCUUCAGAGGGAUGGUUUAUGAAGUUGAUGGAAGCUAGCAAAAAAUUUGUUACAAAAAAACCAAUGAAAGCCCACCUGUUUUACUUACCAUUUAGUUCUCGAAACUUAGAGGAGGAAUUAUACGUGCCUAAUUCACAUUCUAGUAAGAACCUCGUAGAAUAUUUAGAGAACUACUUGGACAUUAUCGUCACAACAUAUCCUUUCUGGAACAGAACUGCAGGUGUGGAUCAUUUUCUUGUUGCAUGUCAUGACUGGGCCCCAUUUGAAACAAAACAGCUUAUGCACAAUUGCAUAAGAGCCCUCUGCAAUGCUGAUGUUAAAGAAGGUUUUGUUUUUGGUAAAGACGUGUCUCUUCCAGAGACAAAUGUGCCUGUGCCGAAGAAUCCUCUUAGAGAUCUUGGUGGCAAACCUCCUUCCCAGAGGUCAAUCCUUGCUUUCUUUGCGGGUAAAAUGCAUGGUUAUCUACGGCCAAUACUGUUAAAGCACUGGGGAGAUAAAGAUCCAGACAUGAAAAUCUUUGGUCGAAUGCCUAAGGUCCGAGGAAAAAUGAAAUAUUCUCAGUACAUGAAGAGUAGUAAGUACUGUAUUUGUCCAAGAGGUUAUGAAGUCAAUAGUCCGCGAAUAGUGGAAGCCAUCAUGUAUGAGUGUGUUCCAGUUAUUAUAUCAGACAAUUAUGUGCCUCCAUUUUUUGAAGUUUUGAACUGGGAAACCUUUGCUGUUUUCAUCGUAGAGAAGGAUAUCCCAAAUUUGAAGAACAUACUCCUUUCAAUUCCAGAAGAAAGAUACAGAGAGAUGCAGAUGAGAGUGAAAAAGGUGCAGUUGCAUUUUCUUUGGCAUUCUAGGCCUGUGAAAUAUGAUCUCUUUCAUAUGAUACUUCACUCAGUUUGGUAUAAUAGAGUCUUACAAAUGCAGCCAUGAUAAAUGUGAAAGAUUGAUGAUGUAGAAACUAGGUAAUGUUUUCCUUGGGCGUAAAGAUUGUAAAAACAGGUAGUGAAGAUAGGUGGACGAUAAGAAAUUUUGGUACAAAUGUAUUUGUGACGUUGUUUUCCUGCACAUAAGAUUGUAGGAUAAAAAUUUUAUGGUUUACAC